GGAGCGAUGAAUUGCUUCGGUUCCUUUUUCGCGUGAUGCACCGAUCCAAUAUGGCGACGACACGAUGGUAUUCUCGAAAAAGAUGCUCAGAAUCCGAUUCUAUUACUAGUAGCAUGAUGUCUUUUGGAGAUGAAAUGGAAGUGCCCCGUUUCCUAUUCACAACGGAAGAUGGAAUGAAUGAACUGGUGCUUUUUGAAGAAUCCGAGGAGCCCUUUGUGAAGAAAACGAGUCGGCGAUCAGAUAGUGACCCUAUAGGAGGUAUGAACUACCAUGGUAUGAGCAACAUGAAUGGAAGAGUGAAAUCUUACCCACCAGCUCAAGAUGAUAGCGGGAUAGAAAGCAAUAAUGAUCUGAAAAAUAUUAUUGUGCCAUCUAUACAAAUUCCUCGGAUGAGCCAAGAUGUCAUCAACUCUGCACCACCUUCUCCUGGUGGUAAAGGCUCUCACAAUAAUCCCAACGUCCGCCUCAAUAAUCUUCUCGGCAUCCCAGAAUCUGGAUCUGUUGGAAAUGUCAGCCCAAAACCACUCAGACGAUCUUUGUCAGCGCGUGGACCUCUAGAGUUUCAUCCAGGAUCAGCUAGCCCAAGAAUGCGGAAAAGGCCUCCGUCUCUAAUCAUGGGACCCGAAUUCUAUGGCGAUAGCAUUUCGGCGAUUAAUGUACCUGUUGGAAAUUCUGAACCACAUAGACCUAUUUCUGAAGAGAGAGCUCUAUCUAUCUUGAUGAGUAGUAUCUAUGCAGUAUUUUUAAUCAUGCUAGGAGUUAUCAUUUUUAUUAACGAUCAGCACAGAGACCACCGACUUUAUUCAGAGAUAUUCAGCAGCAUCAUAUUCGCCAUAGGAAUAUUAUGGUUGGUCGUAUUUCACGUGGAUUUGUGCUUAUACAAAACUGAAGUUCUCAAGCAGCUGAAAGAGCGAGAAGAUGCGAUGCAAGAAGCAAACGACAGAUUCAGUACAGCUACAGAAUUCAUCAUCAACUCGGGGUUCGACUUUUCAACAACACAAAACAAAAAUAAUGACAAAGAUUAUAAACCUCCACCAUAUCGAUUUUUAAUGGGAAGACACAGUGGCAGUUUCUAUCUCAAAAUAGGAUCAGCAGGCUUCUGCUUCGGAUAUUUAAUUUACCAAGGACUCCAACUAGGACAACAUAUUCUCACGUACGUAAAUGAAGAAGAUCAAACCAAUUGUUCAAACACAUCGUCUGUGAUAUUGCAUGUUCUGUCACCAAUUUAUGCUUUCUAUCAGCUAUUUAUCACCUUCAAGUAUUCGAAUAUAGUCAUCAACAGACACAUUGUUUUGGCAAGAUUUGGAUUAAUGCACCUUAUCGCUGCUUGCAUGUGUAAUUGGUUUGGUACAAUUGUUGAAGAAGCUGUUGAAGAUUACAGUCAUAGAAGAACAUUAAAUUCCAGUGAGGUUCCUACUUCAGAAUUUAAUAUUGCCAGCUUCAACAUACUUGUUACAAAGCGAGAAAACUGGAAUGAUCCUUAUCAUUGCACUGCAGAAUCAGUUCUGUCAACACGUUCCUUAAGUGCUAUACCUUAUCUUUAUCCAUUUGCCAUAGAAUUCAACCUCCUCCUAGCUGGUGUAUGGUUCAUUGUAUGGCAAAACAUCGGAACAGAGCAUAGCCACUCGAAUCCCCAUCAUUUGCGGCACACAAUAUCUCAAGAUGAACUUGGUAGUGAUGAAAUCACUUACCAGAGCAAUCUUGUCAUUAACGCUGACUGUCACUCUGCCAACAAGGGCUUAUUCACUGGACUUUUUCUAUUACUUACUACUAUAGUAACUGUAAUAGUUUUCUUCGUAGCCAUGUCAACAAAAGGUUAUGAACCUCAAGCAGUAAUCAUUCAUACAGUUCAAGAAGGAGGACUAACAAUGAUUGGCAUGCUCGCGGUCAUUGUUGCCUUUUAUCAAAUACGGAAACUUGAUUUAAGCGAACAUCCUAUAACUUUUUUGGACGAUGUAUUGUUAUUCGUUCCCUUGCCAUUUUAUUUCAUCCAUGGAAUUAUGUCUGUCAUGGCUGAAUAUAGUAAUGAAAAUUAUAGUCGACUAGCUCUACAUAUUUUGGUAACUAUUCAGGUAAUCGUUCAAACUCCAUUCAUUAUUGAUGGCUUGAGAAGAUGCAGCAAUUCACAAAGUCUCCGUUAUAAGAAACCUGGAAGAGAAAUUAUCACAUUUCUAAUUAUUUUGAAUCUGACACUGUGGAUUGUAAAUACUUUUGAAUUAAAAAGUGUUGAGCAUUAUCACGGACAAGAAGAAUAUUUUGGAGAUUUAAUAUGGAUGUUCAUUGGUCAUACAACAUUACCCCUCAUGCUUUUUUACCGCUUCCAUUCAUCGGUUUGCCUAGCAGAUAUGUGGAAAUCAGCUUAUGAGAAAGAAACCUCACAGGGAUAAUAAACUUUUAUGAACACAGGCACUAAAAUACUUAAGAGAAACGAAAAAUUACCAGGAGCCACAAUGAUGUGAUUUUAUUAAUUUCUUAAAUCCUUUUAAUUUUGUUUCUCAAAUAGCCAAUGUGAACUCUCUGCUCUGUAGAUAGUUUUUAUAGUCUUCAUUCCACACUAAAUAUAUAUUCAUACUUAACAAGGUGUUCUGCUUUACAUUUAAAUUGUAUUUUUAUAUGUGAUUAGCGAAUAUUAAAAUAAAUAUGUAAU